GGUUUAAUUGUAACACUGGAUACUUCGGUGUCUUUGUAAGCUCCAUGAAUCAGCAAGCCACAAAGCUAUAAUGUGGCGUGCCAUCCUUUUUGAGAGGUGAACAUUAUUGCAUGAAGAUGGCGGAUAGAAGUGGGAAGACCAUUCCAGGACAAGUGUACAUCGAAGUGGAGUAUGAUUAUGAGUACGAAGCAAAGGACAGGAAGGUGGUGAUAAGACAAGGGGAGCGUUACAUCUUGGUGAAGAAGACCAAUGACGACUGGUGGCAAGUCAAACCGGAUGAGAACUCCAAAGCAUUCUAUGUGCCGGCCCAGUACGUGAAGGAGGUCACCCGCAGAGCCCUGAUGCCACCUGUGAAGCAGGCAGCCGGACUGCCAAACAGUUCUAUGAAAACAAUCCAGAGCCUGCAUCUUCAGAGAUCCACAGAAAAUGUGAACAAAUUGCCUGAGCUUUCGAGUUUUGGAAAGCCCUCACUGUCUGUUCAGGGAACAGGUCUUAUCCGUGAUGCCAAUCAGAAUUUUGGACCCAGCUGUAAUCCAGGUCAAAUUCUCACCCUAAGCCUGGACGUGACCCAUAACAACGGAAAGUUUAACAAUGACUCCCAUUCUCCCAAAGUUUCCAGCCAGAACAGGACGCGCUUAUUUGGUCACUUUCCGGGUCAGGAGUUCUUGGACGUAGAGAAAACUGGCUUCUCUCUGGAGCAGUCUUGUGAUUCAGCAGGAGAAAGCUCAGAGAGAAUACAUCAGGAUUCUGAAUCUGGAGAUGAACUUAGCAGCAGCUCCACCGAACAGAUCAGGGCAAAUACACCUCCAAAUCAAGGAAGGCCAGAUUCUCCUGUGUAUGCCAACCUACAAGAACUGAAAAUAUCCCAGUCUGCUCUCCCCCCACUUCCUGGGAGUCCAGCAGUUCAGAUUAAUGGAGAAUGGGAAACUCAUAAAGAUAGUUCAGGGCGUUGUUACUACUAUAACCGAGGAACACAGGAAAGAACUUGGAAACCACCCCGUUGGACCCGGGAUGCAAGCAUAAGCAAAGAUUUCCACAGUCAAGGAGAUCAAGAGCUUCUUUCAUCAGAAGAAAACUGCCACAGCAUUUGUUACAGCCAGUCAGAUAGUCAGUGUGGUUCUCCUCCAAGGGGUUGGUCAGAAGAGUUGGAUGAACGUGGGCAUACCUUAUAUACCAGUGACUAUACUAAUGAAAAGUGGCUCAAGCAUGUUGAUGACCAAGGUAGACAGUAUUACUACAGUGCGGAUGGAUCUCGGUCCGAGUGGGAGCUGCCAAAGUAUAAUGCUUCAUUCCAGCAGCAAAGAGAAAUAAUUAAAAGUAGGAGCCUGGACAGGCGGCUGCAAGAACCAAUAGUAUUAACGAAGUGGAGACAUAGCACCAUUGUAUUGGACACCAAUGACAAGGAGUCUCCAACUGCCUCAAAACCCUGCUCUCCUGAAAGUGAAUCUUCUCCCUCUUCACCAAAGCACCAAGACCCAGGCAGCAGUGCAAAGGUAAGAAGAACACCCCUUCUUCUAAGCAGCAAAGACGCCUGCCUUUUCCGUGGUGCUGUGUGUGUUGAUGAGGGUCAAGAGAAGUAUGGAUUGUUAAAUGUAACAAAAAUUACUGAAAAUGGAAAGAAGGUCCGAAAGAACUGGUUGUCUUCCUGGGCAGUGUUGCAGGGUUCAUCUUUACUUUUUACUAAAACUCAAGGAAGUGGUACAAGUUGGUUUGGGAGUAAUCAGUCCAAGCCAGAGUUCACAGUGGACCUCAAGGGGGCAACGAUUGAGAUGGCCUCAAAGGACAAAUCCAGCAAGAAGAACGUAUUUGAGCUGAAAACUCGUCAAGGCACAGAACUGCUAAUUCAGUCUGAUAAUGAUGCCGUUAUUAAUGAUUGGUUUAAAGUUCUUAGCAGUACAAUCAGUAAUCAGGCAAUAGAAACUGAUGAAGCAGUAGAAGAGGAGAUACCUGAUGAUUCACCAGGAAUAGAAAAGCAGGAUAAAGAAAAGGACCAGAAGGAUCUUAAAAAACUUCGUUCUAUGAAAGUAUCUAGCAUAGAUUCUUCAGAACAGAAAAAAACCAAGAAAAACUUAAAGAAGUUUCUUACACGACGCCCCACUUUGCAAGCUGUGCGUGAAAAAGGUUACAUUAAAGACCAAGUAUUUGGAGCCAAUCUUGCUAAUUUGUGUCAGAGAGAGAGUGGCACAGUGCCAAAGUUUGUGAGGCUGUGCAUUGAGCAUGUCGAAGAGCAUGGUUUGGAUGUUGACGGGAUCUACAGAGUAAGCGGCAACCUCGCGGUGAUCCAGAAGCUGAGGUUUGCUGUCAAUCAUGAUGAGAAAUUGGACUUGAAUGACAGCAAAUGGGAAGACAUCCAUGUCAUCACUGGAGCGCUGAAAAUGUUUUUCCGGGAGUUACCAGAGCCUCUGUUUACAUUUAAUCAUUUUAAUGAUUUUGUUAACGCAAUUAAACAAGAACCAAGACAGCGUGUUGCUGCUGUUAAGGAUCUAAUCAGACAGUUGCCAAAACCAAAUCAAGAUACAAUGCAGAUUCUUUUCAGACACCUCAAAAGAGUUGUAGAAAAUGGAGAAAAAAACCGAAUGACCUAUCAGAGUAUAGCGAUUGUUUUUGGUCCCACUUUAUUAAAGCCAGAAAAAGAGACUGGAAAUAUAGCAGUUCAUACUGUUUAUCAAAAUCAGAUUGUAGAAUUAAUUCUUCUGGAAUUAAGUUCCAUCUUCGGACGUUGAUUCUUAUGGAAGAUAACCUGUGGGAUAGAAGCUGGAUGCCAUCAGAUUUCAGAUCUUUAUACACAGUCUGUUUUAUUUUUGGACCAAGCAGUGGCUCUUUUGAUUUUGCACUUUGUGAGGGGGUCAGAAGGGAAGGGAGUGUGAAGAUGCCUGUUAGGCCCUACUGUUUGCUGCUUUCUUGCGAGGUGAUAAAACUGUAAUUUUGGAUUCAUUUUACCAUGAAUGUUUGCAUUUCCUACUCUGAAUUUCAGUAAAAAUCAAUACUUAGAAUUCUAACCAGUCAUAUACACUGGAUAAUUUGGUAAGAAAAAGUACAUUUUUCCCCCCAUCAAACUGGAUAAUGUAGAAUUUCUUCUCAUGAAUUGUACGUUCUUCAUUUGGUGAAACAGUACUAUCAUUUAUCUUGAAAACACUCUUGGGCAUUUAAAACAAAAUGAAGUGUAUCCUAUUUGAAACCUGUGUAUCUCUUUUUCAGGGUUUUGCAUGCAGUGGCAGCGUAAGUGCUAGAAUCCAUGGUAACCUAACUACUAUAGCCCUUGGUGAGGCUUGCUGUUGCUCACCAUGGUUCACAGCUUCCUUACUGGAUAUCGUAGUUGUUGUUUAGGCAGCACACUAAUUCUACUGAAAACACUGUGAUGUACUGGAGUUUUAGCUAGCAUAACUCAGUUCAGGGUAUUUUUUAGCUGUCUUGCUAUACAGAAUUGUAGCUAACAGUCCUAAUUAUAUGUAGUGCCAUACGGAGUUCUUGGUGUGACCUUGUGGAAACAGACAUAUUUGAUGUAAAUGUGGGCUAAGGACGUAAGGUCCUUUGGCUUGUGUAUAUAGUUGUGUUGUAUAGCCUCAGAGUGCAUUCUAACCCUGCAUUUCUAAUCAUGACAUUGGUAAUGUUGUCCAUGAACAUUAGGUUUCCUCCAGGCAUAGGCCUUUCCUUAGGAAAGUUAGCUGUGUGCACUUUCAGAUUUUAAUUUCAUCUGCAGACAGAAUACUGUAAUGCAAAUGGUACUGGAAAAAUACUGAAUAAACUUGCUAAAUGUAGUGCUCUACAAGAGGAAACUUUUAGAUUAUUUAAUAUGUACAGAAUACAUUAGAAAAAGAUUAUUAGAGGAUCCCAGCUCUCCAGAUUGAAUAGUAGAAACCAUGUGUAAAUUGGAUGCUGGGUAGGAAAUAACAUUGCCAAAUUUGAGAGUUUCUUUACAUUACUAAUGUAGAUUGAUUUGUAUAAUAAAACAGGGUUGGAAGGUUUUGUUACAGGGAGCAUGGUCUGUUGAAAAUUUUUUAAUUGUAUUUUUCUAGAUUAACUGCUGUAUAUGAAAUGUCUAAUAAAGAAAACUAUAAGAGGUUUAGAGAUUUUUUUCCAUUGGAAAUGUGCAUUUUGGUUUUAAAUUUUUUGUUUUUCAUUUACUGUCAUAUUCUUAUACUUCAUCUAAAAGAUCAACUGAAUCCAGUGGUUCCCGUGCCAUAUAAUGCUUUUCUCAUUUUACACUUUUCUAGUCCUUUCCGUGUUAACACCUCUGUGCCCAACACACAUUUUAUUUCUUCAUCCAUAUUUGAAAGUGAAUGAUUUGACCAGUGUUCUUUUUCCUUAGUUACACUUAAAAUUUACAGAUUGUCUUCCUUAGGAACUUUUUUUGGGGUUGGAGUGGAGGGAAUAACCUGUCUAAAACUUCUCCCUUUAAUUGUGGUGAAAAAAGUAUUGUAUUUGUUGUUGUGAUCUUGUUAAAUGGAUAACCAGCCAGACUAUUUGACAGCAAAAGCAGAUUGUUUUGGGUGGAGAGAAGAUGUCCCAAAUCAGAAUGCAUUUGCCUAAAGAUGUCGUUAUUAAUACAGUAUGCUUUAGGGGGCUGGUUUAUAUCUCAACUUUUAUACCAGGAAAACAGACUCAAAUCUGCGAUCUGUGAUUUUUCUCUUAGUGGUCAUGAACAUAUCAAAGAUAAAAAAUUGUCCUAUGUUUCUUGUUUCAAAGUGCAUAUGUGUGUAUGUGAAGUCCUAAGUGUUUUAUUAGUCCACAGCUAAUCAUUUUAUUGUAAUAUGUGUACAAUAAGAUCAGUGUUUUGUGUUUUCAUUCUUUGUGAAUUAAAAAUUCACACUUGUUUUUGUAAUAACCAGU